GCUCCCUUCCAUGUCACUCUCUUUCCCGUUAAUCACGAGACAAUAAAUAAGGCCCGGCAGAAGCUGCUGUCCUUCCAUUCGACUCUUUCCCUCCCACCCUUCUUGUCGUACUUGAAAUUUUAAAUAACAAGUCUUCUUGUUCUUCCACUUCUACCCGAAGUUUUCCUCCAAAGAACACUAACGAGACAACGAAGUGUCAUUUAAUACUACUCAAUACCCCCGAGUAGCUUGCCUAUAGUUUAAUUUCCCCUUUUUUCCAGUGAUACCCAUCUUUUGAUACCCAAUUAGUUUUCCUUUUCAAUCCCAAAAAAUCCUUCCAAUUCAUCAAAAUGUCUACCGAAGAGCAGAAGCCUGUCGAGGUCGCCGAGACCACCCCUGCCGUCACUGAGCCCGUCCCCGAGACGAAGCCUGCUGAGGACAAGCCCGCCGAGUCUACUCCCGUGGCCGAGCCUGCUGCCGCUGCUGAUGCGCCAGCUGAGACCACCGAGGCUGCUACCGAUGCCGCCGCCGCCCCCGCUGAGGAGGCCAAGAAGGAGGAGGUUAAGCCUGUCGAAGCUGGUACCCUUGAGCACAAGGGAGCUCCCGCCAACUUCCCCAAGAACUUAAUUUACUCCAAGCAGCACUUUUGGUUCGGUACUGAGGCUACUCCCAAGGACAAGCUCGCUACCUACCUAAAGAAUGAGAAGGCUACCGAGGUUGCCCAGCACGUCGCUGCCUGGGCUACUGAGACCGGAAAGGGUCUUCUCUUCUACGGCAAGGAGAGCGACAAGACCACCCCCACCGGUGCCAUCCAAUUGGCGGAAGCUUCCGAGCCCACCACUGAGGGUGCCAGCAAGUUCUCCUUCACUGCUAAGGGACACAAGCACACCUUCAAGGCCCCCACCACUGCUGACCGUGACAACUGGGUUGAGCAAUUGAAGCUCAAGAUCGCCGAGGCCAAGGAACUCGCGACUACUAUCACCGAGAGCGAGACUUACAAGUCAACCAUCGAGAGCUUCAAGCCUACUCCCCCCCCUAAGGAGGACAAGCCUGCUGCUGCUGAGGGUGAGGCUCCUAAGGAGGAAGCUAAGGAAGAGCCUAAGGAAGAGGACAAGAAGGAGGAACCCAAAGAGGAGGCCAAGGAGGAUGACAAGAAAGACUCCAAGCGCCGAUCUGCCAGCCGAAAGCGCGCCUCAAUCUUUGGUAACUUACUAGGCAAGAAGGAGGAGGCCAAGAAGGAGACUCCUGCUGAAGACAAGCCCGCUGAGGACAAGCCUGCCGAGACUACCGAAGCUGCUGAGCCUGCUGGUGAGGCCGCUGCUGCUGCCGAGACCCCUGCCGCCGAAGCUGCUCCCGCUGAGGAGGCCAAGAAGGAAGAGCCCGCUAAGCCCACCCCUUCCAAGCGCGCCAGCCUUUUCGGUGGCCUAUCCUUCGGUAAGAAGAAGGCUGAGACUGAGUCUGCCCCCACCACUCCUGCUAAGGAGACUGCUGCCGAGGCCCCAGUUGCUGAGACUGCUCCUGUGAUCCCCGCUGUUGAGACCACUGAGCCUCUGUCUACUGACGUCGCCUCCCCGGCAACUGUCCCCACUGAGACAACUGAUGCUACUCCUGCCACCAACGGUGAGACUAAGGAGGUCAAGAACGAGAAGCGAAAGUCUUCUCUUCCUUUCGGCUUCGGCAAGAAGGAGAAGGCCGCCACCUCUGACGAGGAGGGUGAGAAGGUCAAGUCUCCCCCAUUCUUCUCCAAGCUCCGCCAGACCGUCAAGGGUAAGGGCAAGGCUGAGAAGCCUGCUGAAGAGGCUAAGGCCGAGGACAAGCCUGCCGAGACUGCUGAGGCUUCCGAACCCGCCAAGGAGACCACUGCUGAGGAGCCCGCUGCCGCUCCCGCCACUGAGGAGACUCCCGCAGAGAAGCCUGCUGCCGCUGCUCCUGCUCCCGUCACCGCUGCCGCAUAGAGUGCGCGCCGUUUCGGCCUAUGGGCCAAUUAAUGUUUUCGUAAAGAGU